CUUGGCGCCGUUGCCAUGGCAGCAAAGGGGCGCGGCUGACGUGCGCCGGCGUUUCCGGAAAGAUGGCGGCUGUGGAAGCAGCUGUGGAACCGGUAACAGUGGUGGCGAAAACAGGGCCGAAGACGAAGGACGAAGAGGAGGAGGAGGAAGAUGAGUCGCUGCCACCUUGCGAGGCGGUGCGCUGGGCCCCGGUGGGGGCGGUGGCGGAGGCUGGGCCUGGGGCGGCUGCGUUUUCGGAAGAAACCGUUGCGGAAGAUCCGGUCGCGACCGCGGGAUCCCCUCCGGAUUCGCCCAGCCAGACGCUGCGGCGGCUGCGGGCCGAGCGGCGGCGGCUGGACUCGGCUCUGCUCGCGCUGUCCUCUCACUUCGCGCAGGUGCAGUUCCGCCUGCGCCAGGUGGUGCGCGGGGCGCCGGCAGAGCAGCAGCGCCUCCUGCGCGAGCUGGAAGACUUCGCCUUCCGCGGCUGCCCUCACGUCCUGGGUUACGAGGGGCCUGACGACCCCGCGGGCGAGGAGGACGACGGGCUGCGGGGGUACCGGCCGCGGCUGCGGGGCGAGAACCAGAGUGAGCAGGAAAAACAGGAGCGUCUGGAAACCCAAAGAGAGAAGCAGAAGGAACUGAUCUUGCAGCUCAAGACCCAGCUAGAUGAUCUGGAAACAUUUGCCUAUCAGGAGGGCAGUUAUGACUCCUUGCCACAAUCCAUGGUCUUGGAAAGACAGCGGGUGAUCAUAGAUGAAUUAAUAAAGAAAUUGGACAUGAAUCUGAAUGAAGAUAUCAGUUCCCUGUCCACUGAAGAGCUUUGUCAACGUGUGGAUGCAGCAGUGGCUCAAAUUGUCAACCCAGCCCGAGUGAAAGAACAAUUGGUUGAGCAACUGAAAACUCAGAUUCGAGAUCUUGAGAUGUUCAUCAGUUUCAUCCAAGAUGAAGUAGGAAGUCCCUUGCAGACAGGAGGUGGACAAUGUGAGUGCAAAACUGAUGGAAAGACAGGAAAUGGCUCUACCAGCACAGGCAGUAAUCGGAUGCCUCCAGGAAACAGCAAAAUGAAGGCAGAAGAUGUGAAGAGAGUCCGGGAGAGAGGGCUCCACCUGAUGCGGCGAGCACUGGCUGUGCUCCAGAUCUUUGCUGUUAGCCAGUUUGGUUGUACCACAGGCCAGAUCCCUCAAACCCUGUGGCAAAGGGGCCAAGCAGACAGAGACUAUGCUCCCUUACUGAAGAGGCUAGAGGUAUCUGUAGACAGAGUGAAGCAGCUAGCCCUGAGACACCAGCCACACCACUGUGUCAUCACUUCUGCCAACCUUCAAGAUCUCUCUCUGGGAGGCAAGGACGAGCUGACCAUGGUGGUACGGAAAGAGCUGACCAUGGCUGUGAGAGACCUGCUGGCCCAUGGACUGUAUGCCUCCUCUCCUGGGAUGAGCCUUGUCAUGGCUCCCAUUGCCUGCUUAUUGCCAUCCUUCUCCUCUGCCCCUGAGACCAUGCACCCCUGGGAGCUCUUUGUAAAGUACUACCAUGCUAAGAAUGGUCGAGCUUAUGUGGAAUCCCCAUCACAGAAGUUGUCCCAGUCCUUCGCCCUGCCUGUUACGGGUGGCACUGUUGUAACCCCCAAACAGAGCCUACUGACAGCCAUCCACAUGGUUCUGACAGAGCAUGACCCUUUCAAGCGCAGUGCAGACUCUGAGCUGAAGGCCUUGGUGUGCAUGGCACUGAAUGAGCAACGUCUUGUGUCCUGGGUAAACCUUAUCUGCAAGUCUGGGUCACUCAUCGAGCCCCACUACCAGCCCUGGAGCUACAUGGCCCACACAGGCUUUGAGAGUGCUCUCAACCUGCUCAGUCGCCUCAGCAGCCUCAAGUUCAGCCUCCCUGUAGACUUGGCUGUGCGCCAGCUUAAGAACAUCAAAGAUGCCUUUUGAUGAGAAUGUUCUGGCCUUCAACACCUUGCUUUGUAGGAAGAGGUGUGCUAGUGUUCUA